GUUGCAUGUCCACCCGACAGCAAGUCGACGUCGCCGACGCUACUUACCCAUUUCUCAUCAGCGGUUUCUUUUGUCCUUUGUCCUCGCUCGUUCUUUAAUUCCAUCACCUCCACCUUCUCACAUAAUCCCCAGAGAGAGACACGCACACCGAUAUCGCCUUGAAAAUUGAAUUUUACUUUUCCUUGGUUCGAUAAACCUUUCCCCAGAGAGAGAGAGAAAGAGAGAGAGAUUCCUUCGCCUCGUAAUCGAUUGGGCAGAUGGAGGACGAAGAAGGGUAUCGGCGAUGCGCUCUUGUGCUCGUUGCUGGCAAUCGUCGGCUUUGAUUCUGGAGAAUUGAGCUCUGUCAGGAGUAGAUGUUCCGACAAUGAGAGGCUGUUGAUUGCAAUACUGAAGUUGCUGUAAUUUAACUUCCAGGAAAGGACGGUUGAUUUGCCUUAAGAGGUUCUAUUGAUUGACACGAUCCAACAGGCAGAAUGGGCGUCUCUGGGAAAUGGAUCAAAGCCUUAGUUGGUUUGAAAAAAUCACAAAAAUCACCUUCAAAUAAGGAUGAAGAGAAGGUGAAUGGUAGCCAAUCACAUUCCAAGUCUCUGUGCUCUGCUAACUGUUCAGUUGGUACGGAGACCGAAAACAUCCACGACCAGCUUAAUUGCAAUUAUGCUUCUCAUGUUGGGGAUGCAAAUGAACAUUUCAUCCCUGAUCCUGCUUGUAGUCUUUCCACCUGCUUUGAUGUACAGAAAACUGAUCAUCACCAGCAAAUUUUAAGAGAAGAGUUGGCUGCAGCGCGCAUCCAAACAGCUUUCCGGGGUUUCCUGGCAAGAAGAGCUUUAAGUGCUUUGAAGGGGUUGGUGAGGCUUCAGGCCCUUAUCAGAGGUCAUUCUGUGAGAAAGCAAGCUGCAAUGACACUGCGUUGCAUGCAAGCUUUAGUAAGAGUUCAAGCCCAUGUACGGGCAAGGCGGGUGCGACUAGCAUUGGAAAGUCAAACAGCAGAACAGAAAUUUAAGCAACAAACUGCAAAGGAGGCUCAAGUUCGGCAGAUUGAACAGGAAGGUUGGUGUGACCACAUAGGAUCUGCAGAAGAAAUUCAAGCCAAGUUAGUGAAGAGGCAGGAAGCUGCAGCUAAGCGCGAAAGAGCCAUGGCUUAUUCCUUAGCUCAUCAGUGGCAAGCAGGAUCAAAACAACUGGCAGCACCUACAGGGUUUGAACCUGACAAAAGCAGCUGGGGAUGGACCUGGUUGGAGAGAUGGAUGGCAGUUCGUCCAUGGGAGAACCGAUUUCUCGACAUUAAUAUCGGUGAUGGAAUGACAAUUCAAGAAAGUGGCUCGGCACAGAGUGCGGAUGACACUAGAGCCCAGUCGAAGUCUGCCAGCAAGAAACCGGGUUCAACAAAUCUUUGCAAUCAGAAAAGAGGGUCUUCUCAGACUAAUGUCGUUGGCUCUUCAUCUAGUAAAUCAUUGAAUAAGAUGCCCUCUGAUCAGGCAGUCCCUUCCAAGCCAGAGUCAAAGCUUGUCAAUGAUGGAAUUCAAUUGGCCCAAGCCAGGCUUGGUCGUAGUUCCAGAUCGCAAAGUAAUCCUAAAGAGAGAUCAGUGCCAUCUGAUAAACAGGCAAAGAAGCGAUUCUCUCUGCCUAAUUCUGGAUCGACCGUCGGGGCACCAACUGCUAAAAACCCCAGCAGAACUGCUGCAUCGAGAAAAUUGGAUCUGCCGGCAAGACGUGUUUCCGAGGCGAACUGAUUAGUAACCCUCUCGAAUUAUGAAGAACAAAAGGUCCAACCUCAUUCCACUUUGAGGCUUUGCACAUAAUGCCCGAAUUGCAACAGACGCAAGCAAUUGCUUUCAAGCACGCACACCUUCCUCUCCCGUGACUUGUCAAGGCUUUUUUUUUUUUUCCAAAAGUGGCAGAGCAGAAGAGAUUGCUUCGGCUCCUCGGCGUCCGCAGCUCUAGCUCUAGUACCGUCAUGAAUGCAUCUCGUCUUUUUCCUUUUCCAGUUUCGGUUUUUAGUCGCCCGUGUACUCGUUGAGAUGUGGUCGCUGUUUUCGGAUCUAUUUGGUUGCUGAAGGGAUCGAAAUUUCCUAGAGUCGUGACUUUUGGGUC